AUGUCUGACCCUCCGGCUGCUCCUGGCCCUCGGGUGGCUGGCGCGAUGGAGCUGGGGGGAGCAGCCACUCUUGUCCUGGCUGCUGGCGCUUUGUGCCUGGCUCUCCUCUGGGAGUGGAAACGGCAGCGGGAAAGCAGCAAAUUUCCCCCCGGACCGACUCCUCUGCCGCUUCUGGGCAACGCGCUGCAGCUGAGCGGGGGAGACCUGUUCACCUCACUGAUGGCGCUGCGGGAGAAGUACGGCCCGGUGUUCUCGGUGCACCUGGGCCCGCGGCGGGUGGUGGUGCUGUGCGGGCACGAGGCGGUGAAGGAAGCCCUGGUGGGCCACGCAGAGGAGUUCAGUGGCAGAGGAGGCAUGCCCACGCUGGACAGGAUCUUCCAUGGUUAUGGGGUCAUCUUAGCGAACGGCGAGCGGUGGAAGCAGCUGCGCCAGUUCUCGGUCGCCACCCUGCGGAAUCUGGGGAUGGGGAAAAGGACCCUUCAAGAGAGGAUGGCGGAGGAAGCUCGGGCUCUGGUGGAGGAGAUCAGGAAAACCAACGGUUCUCCCUUCGACCCCAGCCGCCCCGUCAGCCACGCCGUCGGCAAUGUGAUCUCCUCCAUCGCCUUCGGGGACCGCUUCGACUACCAGGACCAGACCUUCCUGAGCUUACUCGACGUCAUCCAGCGCCUCUUCCUGGAGCUGAGCGGCCCCUGGACGCAGCUCUACGAGAUGUUUCCAGGCAUCAUGCGCUUCUUACCCGGCCCCCACAACCGCAUUCUUCAGCACGUCGAGGUGCUGCACGACUUCGUCACCGAGCGGGUGCAGAGGAACCAGAAGACCUUGGAUCCUGACUGCCCUCGGGAUUACAUUGACGCCUUCCUCAUCAAGAUGGAAGAGGAAAAGCAAAAUCCGCAGAGUGAAUUCCACACAAAGAACCUGGCGCUGAGUGUGGUCCACUUGUUUUUCGGUGGGACGGAGAUGGUGAGCGCCACCUUGAGAUACGGGUUCCUGCUCCUGAUGAAAUACCCAGAGGUACAAGAAAAGGUGCAUCAGGAAAUCGAUGGUGUCGUCGGGCGGCACCGUGGCCCCGCCGCUGAGGACCGAAGCCGGAUGCCCUACACCCACGCCGUGAUACACGAGAUCCAGCGCUUCAGCAACAUCAUCCCCCUGGGGAUUCCGCAUGCAGUGAUCCGAGACACCCAGUUCCGGGGGUACACGCUCCCCAAGGGGACAGAUGUUUUCUGCGUGCUGGGCUCUGCCCUCCGGGACCCCAGACACUUCAGCGACCCAGAACGCUUCGACCCGGGGAAUUUCUUGGACGAGAACGGCGGCUUUAAGAAGAACCAUGCUUUUAUGGCUUUUUCCUCAGGGAAGCGGGUGUGUCUGGGCGAGGGUCUGGCCCGCAUGGAGCUCUUCCUGGUCUUUACCUCCGUCCUGCAGCGCUUCACCUUGCAGCCGCCCGUUGACCCCCAGGACAUUGACCUCACCCCAAAAGCGAGUGGAUUUUGGAACAUACCUCCCGAGUACAGGGUCUGUGCCCUCCCACGCUGA